CCUCCCCAUGAAUCCCGGUCUCUUCCUGGUAUCUCCAGGAUGCUUCGUCUCAGGACUAUAUCUAGAAGGCGCUGACUGGGAUGUAGAAAGAGGAUGUCUUAUCAAGAGCAAACCCAAGGUGCUGGUGGUCGAUCUACCGAUUCUGAAGAUCAUCCCCAUCGAAGCCCAUCGCCUCAAACUGCAGAACACCUUCCGGACGCCGGUUUACACCACCUCCAUGAGAAGGAACGCCAUGGGAGUUGGCCUGGUGUUUGAAGCUGAUCUCUUCACCUCCAAGCACAUUUCUCACUGGGUGCUGCAGGGGGUGUGCCUCACCCUGAAUUCCGACUGACCCUCUGGGCCAGGAAACCUGCACACCCAGCUCCGUCCGUGGCUGGCGGUGGAAAUGUAGGCAUUCGGCAGUGGUGGUCACGUCUGCGGUCAUCUCUCAGGGCCUGGAGCGGCUGGGGGUGGACAGACACGGGAUUUUCUUUUCAUUUGAAAUCAGCUGAUUUACUUUUUCUGUAGAAAUUAAGAUGUUUCUUAAGUUUAACUUGAAGAGUUAAACUGUUUCUAAGGAUUCUGCAUAUUUGAGAAGUAAAUACUAGAGAACAUUUUAAGGUAUGUCGUUUUCUUUCCCUUCUUAGAGGAGACGUGUGAUUAGGUGAAAGUCCCGGGCUGCUGGGCAGGGUCUGGCAGAGUCUCCUUCCUGGGCCACCCCUCCAGAGAUGGCCACAGUUGCCUGCUGCCAGCCCCGCUCACUUCCAGAGCGCUCCAACCUACCAGGUGGAGGUAGGGGUGAGUUCCCUGAGCUGGCAUGUCAUCCCUGUAUGAGCUCCUACCCAUACCCUGGCCGGAUCUGUGUGGGAUUGGGGGCAGACUUAGAGCAUCUGGGCCUGGCUCCUGGGCAUCCCUUCCUUUCAUGCACCCUGGGGGUCCAGGCCUGCUGGAGGGCAGGAGUGGCUUUACACUCCUAAAGGGAAGAGCCCGCUGGAGCACCUGCAGGGCCGAGGGGAGGGGCCAGUCAUAGGCACAAGGAGUUUCUGCCAGAACCUGGAAGCACAGAGCCUUCUCAGGGGCGGGAGCUGGGGGAGAGAACAUGGGGUAAGAAUGCUGUAGUUACUGUGGGACUGGGGGAGUGGC